GCUGUGCUGUAUUUUGUUUGAAAACCACCCCCCAUCAGCUGAUUUUGUUUUUCUCGGGAAAAAGUGUAGAUUUUCUUGGAAAAUAUGGUUGUACCAUCAAUCAUAGGCGGUGAAUACUUGAGACAAGAGUCUCUAGCUGAAGAACCAUGGAGAGAUGCUGAGAUUUAUCAGCCCUAUGAGGCAGAAACCAUACUUCUUCCAGAGAACUCAAGUUGUUUGGCCGUGAAGACUUAUCUUCGAAUGUGCAACCUCCCUUUCGAUGUAAAAUUUGUAACAAAUGCGGAAUACAUGACUUCUGUUGGAAGAACAACAAGACUACCUUUCCUGAGAGUUGGCGCCUUUUUCGCCUCAGAAUUCGAACCAAUUGUUAAUUUGGUGGAGAAAAAGGGCAUUUGCCUCACUGAAAACCUUACGGAAGAGGAAAAAUCCGAUGCCAGGGCCUACUUAUCACUCACAGACAACAUCUUUACUUACGCUGAGCUCUAUGUGAGCUACAUGGAUGAAGAUGUGUAUGAAGAAGUCACAAAACCUCGGAUUGCUUCAGCAUACAACCCUCUCCUGGGUGUCAUUCAGAAUUGGCGCAAGAAGCGACACGCCCAGAAGCAGCUUGCUGCAAUGGAAUGGAAAGAUUUCACCAUGGACGAGGUCAUUGACAAAGUCUCCGGAUUGUGUGCGAAUUUGGAUGGAAAACUGCAAGAUCAACCAUUUAUGUUUGGCAAGAAUCCAAUUGAUUUAGAUGCUGCUGUAUUUGGUCACAUCUUUGCCAUUCUCACAACUCCUCUACCCAAUAAUCAACUGGCUGAAACAAUUCGUCAGUAUCCUCGUCUUGUGGCAUUUUGUCAGCGAGUGGAGAACAAAUAUUUCAAGAGCAGUUAAUCAAGAUGUAACCAUUUCAGUUUGAAUAGAAAAAAGUGUUGAUUUUA